CUUGAAAAAUAUUUAAAAAAUAAAAAUACAACAAAGGAUGUUGAGGAACUUCCAUAUGAUGACUGUAUUCUAUUAAAUUAUUGGGUAUACAGUAAAUUGGAUGAAAUUUUUAUGUCUAAACGUAGUACAAUUACUCAUGCUUUUGGUAUACUUCAUAUGAUAUGGAAUGGAUUUGUUGAUGACGCAUCAUGUAAUUCUCACUUAAAAAAAUGUAAACCUGAUUUUAAUAUACCAAAACAGGAUGACUGGAAAAAAGGAAAGGAAUUAUACGAUUAUUAUGUUAAUUAUGAUUAUCUUUUUUCUAAGGCUGAAGAAGGUGAUGUUAAAUGCAAAUAUUAUGAAUACAUUAAAAAAAAGGAAAAAUUAUAUAAAUACUUUGAAGAAGAGUGUUCAAAAAGAACAAGGAAUUGUCCAGAUUUCUAUAAUAAAUUAAAGCCUUAUAAUCCUAAAUGGCGGUUGUCUGCAUUACAUUGUCACGAUAAAAUGCAACAGAAACAAGAUGCUGCGAGUAAUCUUGAGCAAUCUUUUGAUACUCCAGAAUUCCGACGAGAAGCUGCAAGAAGUAGAGAUGAUCCUGAUACCCAGUUAGAUAGUGGAAAUUCCGGAAUAGGAACAAAGGUUACUCAUUCAAUGCUUGGCGCAGCUCAAGUUUUAUUAACUGGCACUUUGUUAUAUAGAUACACACCCUUAGGUACCUGGGUUUGCAGGCUCGUUGGAGGCAGAACAAAUAGUAUGAAUACCAUGGAUGCGUCUUCAACUUAUACGCAAGAAACAAGCGAUAAGUUUUCUGAAGACACAGCAAACUAUAUAUCUUAUCAACCUAUAUAA